AUGUACAGAAGAAAGAGAGAGGAGAUGAUGGUGGACAUCUAUGAAAGUUUAGAUGCUGUAAGAAAUGAUGAAGUGACGAUAAACACAGAGAUGAUGAGUUCAGAGAGACAUCAAGCGCUUCAACAUACAGGAAGAGUCUCAGUGAAGAACAGAAGACACAGAUCAGUUCAAGUGUGUUUGUGUUUACUGUCUGUUCUUCUGUUGACUGCUGUAAUAGUCAUCUGUGUGCAUUUCACCAAUGAGACUAACCAACUACUAACACACAACUAUAACUUGACUAAAGAAAAUGAGAGGUUACUUACAAAAUACAGCGAUUUACUAAACCAGAGCAGAAUCUUGACUGAAGAAAAAGAGAAACUUAGAAACAAAAGUGAUGAACUCCAAGAUACUUUAACAGCUGUUAAAGAGCUGAAAAACCAUUACAUCUACAACUUAACCACAGAAAGAGAUGAGUUACUUACAAACAAUAGCAAACUGCUAGAGGAGCAAAACCAAUGUCGAAAGAAUACCAGAAGUCUAAUGAAUGAAAGAAACGAAAUGAACAGAUGGCUUACUGAACAAGAUCGGCGCUCUGAUAACUUUAAAUGGAUUUACUACAACUUCAGUUUUUAUUAUAUUUCAUCUGAAUAUAAGAGCUGGAGUGACAGCAGACGAGACUGUGAACAGAGAGGAGCAAAUCUGGUGAUUAUAAACAACAAAGAGGAACAAGAGUUUUUGCAGAAGGCUAUAGCUGGUAAAUAUUAUUAUUAUUGGAUUGGUCUGAGUAUAAAGGGAGGGGAAUGGAAAUGGUUUGAUGACACCACACUAACAUUAAGGUCCUGGAUGAAAGGAUACCCAAGACAUUACAAUCAAUACUGUGGUCUCAUAUCUACAUCAGGAUUUGCUGAUGAUUCAUGUUCUGAUAAAUAUACAUGGAUCUAUCACCACACAGUUCCAACAAUCUUCCCUUAACAUCAUCAGCUCACUGUCACAAAUCACCACAGCUUCAUCAGUAACCCAACAAAAGCAGCCCUUUUCAUGCAUCAUUUUAUGAUCUUGUCAAUUCUUACCUGUUAACUAACCGGACUUACCAUCCUCACGACUUGUCUCCUUCAUCACCUUCAUUGGCUGCUUAGC